AUGAAGCAUUUGCAUGGGUACUGUUGCUUUGAUAUAUUUACUCCUGAAGAGCAAAGAAUAUUAAAGAAGUACCGGAAGGAAAAUUUUGCAGAGAAGAAACUCAUUUAUAGUGAAAGAAGGGCCAUUGGAAAAUGUCCAUUAACUCCGGAGGAGGUUGGUCUUAUCUUGCGUGCAAUGCGGUUUGGCAAUUCCACCAGGAUAUACCUUGCAGCUGGUGAAUUAUUUGGUGGUGAGCGAUUCAUGAAACCUUUUCGUUCCAUGUUCCCUCGCCUCGAGAACCACAGCACAGUGGAUCCCAGUGAGGAGCUAGUGGAGAAUACUGGUUUAAUAGGCUCUGCUGUGGAUUACAUGGUUUGUCUUCUCUCCGACAUUUUCAUGCCAACAUAUGAUGGCCCAAGCAACUUCGCCAAUAACCUCCUGGGUCACCGCCUCUACUAUGGUUUCCGUACCACAAUCCAUCCUGACAGGAAAGCUCUUGCUCCUAUCUUUAUUGAUCGGGAGAAGGGGAAAAUGGCCGGUUUUGAAGAAGCUGUUAGGCGUGUGAUGGUCAAAACAAAUUUUGGUGGGCCCCACAAGCGGGUCUCACCUGAGUCUUUCUAUACGAACUCUUGGCCUGAAUGUUUCUGCCAAACAUCACCAAAGAAUCCUGCUGACAAAUGUCCGCCAGAGAAUGUUUUGGAAAUCUUAGAGAGCCAAUUGGAGGGUGAAAUGACCAGUGAAUCAGACACCUUGAUUCCAUCAAAUUUGACAUCUAUGGCAAAAUAA